AAAGAAGAUGAGAGACCCUGGGAACGAGGUUGGACAACAUGAACCUUCCACGUUCUUAAAGCGUAAAACGGCCGAAGUCCAUUGUCAGAAUAUUAUGAACAAUACAGAGUAGAAAAUGUUGAUUCGUCACAGUAAAUGACGACCCGUCAUGCCAGAUGUCCAUUUGCAAGACACUUAGAAAAUAUCCCACAAGUGUCUGUAAAGGGGGGUUGAAGAUGUUCUCGAAUCGACACGAUUCGACUCGAUUAGAACGACUCGUUACAAUAAAUGACAACCAGUCGUACCUGAUGUCGAUACGCAAGACACUAAGAAAAUAUUACGUCACACGAUGCAUAUUUUGAUUGACAAUAGUUCUUGUCCAAUGAGCGCGCGAGAAACUCUACAAUUAUCGUAGAUAAGUAGUUUCACAUAAGGCACUCCUUAUUUCAGCGAGUAAUGAUGGCGGAAGUACCAGAGCCCUGCUCUCCUUUUGGUUACAAGGAUGAAUUCGUCAAUCCAGUAAAUGAAGAUAUGCAAUGUGGAAUAUGUCAUUUGCCGAUGAAAGAACCGAUGAUUACUCGUUGUGGCCACCAUUUUUGCCAAGAGUGCAUCAAGGAGCACUUACAAAGGGAAGAACCUCAUGGCUUUUGCCCUGUAGACAGAGAAGCCGUGGAUCAAUACAAGGACAUUUUCCCUAAUAAAGACAAGGAGAGGAAGAUCUUAGCUCUUGCUGUAAGAUGUGGUAAUGAAGGCUGCCAAUGGGCUGAUGAACUAAGAUUGAAGGAGAUUCACUUGGGAGAUUGUCCUUUCAAAGUGAUUCCAUGCCCUCUCUGUAAAGUUACAAUGGUACGGAGAGAUCUUGAUGCUCAUAGCUCCACUCAGUGCCCAUGGAGAAAGUUACGGUGUGAUCACUGCCAAGGGCAAUAUCCGGAUUGUCAGAUGGAGGAGCAUCACGAGAGCUGUGACGGAUAUCCAGUACAUUGUGAUCAUGAGGGAUGUACUGCCAUAGCUUCCCGGGGGAUGCUUCAAGAUCACAAGGACAACUACUGCGCGAAAACCAAACUUCCUUGUUACUUUGCUCAGCUGGGCUGCCAAAAAGAGGUUCUACGGGAAAACCUGGAAACCCACCUCCUGUCGACUCACAAGGAACAUAUCCACUUACUUUUGAACGAAAUAGACCUCUUGAAAAGAAGCAAUUUGGCUCUUAAAGAGGAGGGCAAAGCAAAAAUUCAGCAGAUAGAACGUACCUUGAAGAUACUAAUGGACGAGAAAGAACAUGCUCGGAAGGUACAAAUGGAGGAGAAAGAACAAGCCCCGAAGAUACAAAUGGAGGAGAAAGAGCAUGCCCGGAAAGAAGAUGCCUCGAGGCAGCCGGAUAAGAAGGAAAAAUGCUUUAAGUAUGCAUUGAUCGCUUUUUUUAUAGUUGUCGCUCUUUUUGUCAUAUCAUUUUGUCAGUCUCGAGAAUUGAAGAGACAAAUAAAUGAGAAAGAACAAGCCUCGAAUGGAAAAAUGGAUGAGGAAGUACGAGCCUUGAAUGGAAAAAUUGAUGAGAAAGAACAAGCCUUGAAUGGAAAAAUGGAUGAGGAAGUACAAGCCUUGAAGAUACAAACGAGUGAGAUUAGAGAAGAAUUGAAGAGACUAAUGGAUGAGAAAGAAAAAGCCUUGAAGGGACAAAUGGACGAGAGAGAAAAUUCUUUGAUUAGCAAAGAACAAGCCUUGAAUGAGAAAAUAGAUGAGAAAAUACAAGCCUUGACGAAAAAGAUAGACAAGCUCGAAGAAGCAUUGGAGAGAAAGAUUGAUGAGAGCAAACAAACCUUGAGGAAAGAACUGAAUAAUUCAUCUCUUAUCUCAGUUGGCGUCGCGGCUGUUUCCAUUUUGAUAUCUUUUGGUUUGAAACAUAUUUCCAUCCCAUUUAAUUAAGAUAUCGUUUACUAAUGGUUAAAGGAUUUCGAAGUUUUGAGCCAAAUGUUUGAUACUGUUUAACGCUUUGGAAAUGAUGUGAAUCAAUAAUACUCUUUCACAGGAAAUGAAUUUCAUUACGAUUGAUAAUGUUAGUCACUUAAUAGUAAGAAAUAAUUCUAUUACGAGUGAAACGACGAAGGUCUGAAAAACACUCUAGUGAGUGAUUAUUGUUUUCAAGAUUAUGAUCUCUUUAGUCAUCGUCAUCACCGUUAUUAUUUUUGUUAUUAUGGUUAUUCUUGUUACUAUCAUUGUCGUCAUUAUAAUCAUCAUUGUUUUUCUUGUUAUCAUCAAUAGCUUAAUUUUCAUUAUCAUUAGAAUAAUUUUUACCCUUGUUAUUGACAGCACUAAGCUGCAGGGGAAACAUAAAUUCACUUACAAACAUUGUAAUCUCACCCCAAAACUAUAUCGCAUAGUUCUUUUAUCUUAUUGCACGAACAAACUAGUCUGAGGUUUUCUUUUUUCAAAAGUGAAACUACUGCUCCAGUCAUAAUAGAAUGUAAUCUAAGAACAGAUUUUUUUUUUUUUUUGUUUUUGCAUUGAUUUUUUUUAGAACAGAUUUUCGAAGGGGAAAGUAAGUAUCAUAUAAAGGUUUAGAAUAAGUCAUAUUCUUUAAAAAAUUUAUAAGAAUUUUUUUUUUCCGAUUUGAUUCUUUCAUGGAGAUGUAGAAACUGUUUUCAUAAAUUUAACUUUUCCUACAGCGCCGACGUGUCUAUUCACGUAUUCGUGUCAUUUGCGUAAAACUAAUGUAAAAUAUUAUCCUUGUCAGAAAAUCACAGGAAUAAUUAAAUUUUCCGUUAAGGUCAAAUUAUAGUGGCAGUGAAGAAUGUAUUUAACUAUUAAAUCUCUUAUGGAGGAAAAUUGCGAACGGUACGGAAAUACGGAAAGCUAACUUGUGAACUGAACCUUAAUGUUUUAGGCAAAGUUCUAAACAGGAGGAUUGUCAAGUUAAUUUAGUUUUGGUGUACUCCAGAGAAAAAAACAAACAAACAAACAAACAGACAAACAAAAUCUAACAGAAAAAGUUUACGUAACAGUAUACACCAAAGAGCUGUGAAAUUUCGCCAAAAUUAAGUAUAAGGAUUGUUACUGUAAGUUGCCCCAUUGUAACAAGUAUUACUCUUUUAGGAUUGCCCUUUCUUUAUAUAUCUUGGUAUUGUCAGAAUCAGCACGUGAUUUGGUUAUAUUUUAAAACGCCUAAAAUGAUGUUCUGGAUUAUGCGCAAAAUUAAGCAGGCAUAAACUGAUCGUGGCUGCAAAAUACAACGACAAUGAUCCUUUCCCAGAAAGUUAGCUUGCCAUACCUUGCUGCCAUUUUGAAGUACUAAUGUAUACUAAUUAAUGGUAGUGGUGUUAAAUAUGUGUGUAUCACUAUUUGAGAAACAAGCUGCGAUAGUUAUAUCAUUACAUUAGUCCGCGGGAGUAGCUUAUAUUUGUUCUUGAUUGUCCAAGGAACUCAACGGGGGAUAAAAUACAAAUAAUUAAGUGCUAAAUGUUAGAUGUAUGUAAGUAGGCUGCCUUUGUAGAAGAAUAAAGAGUAUAUUUCUUGGUUGCUGGAGAAAA